AUGGCGGAGACCAAGUCUCCAAUCGUGGACAUCCACACCCAUGUCUACCCACCCUCCUACAUCGCCCUCCUCAAAUCCCGCUCCAGCAUUCCUUACAUCCGCUCUUUUCCCCCAUCUUCCUCUCUCCGUCUAGUUAUUCUUCCUGCCGAGGAUACAGAGAGCACUUCCAGAGGCCGGCCAGUCGGAUCAGAAUAUUAUGACAUCAACAAGAAGAUAGAGUUCAUGGACACACACUCCAUCGACAUCUCAGUCAUCUCCCUCGCAAAUCCAUGGCUGGACUGGGUACCUGCAGAUGAAGCUGCAAAAGCCGCUGAAGGAAUCAAUGAUGAAGUAAAUGAAGAGUGUGGGAAAUUUCCAGGCAGGCUAUUUGCGUUUGCGACUUUGCCGUUAAGUGGGGGAAAGGAUGUGAUUGGGAAGGAGAUCGCGAGGUUAAAGGAACUCAAGUACAUGAGGGGUAUUAUUCUAGGAACAACAGGUCUAGGAAGGGGGCUAGACGACCCAGAGCUCCUGCCUAUCUUCCAAGCAUUGCAAAAUGCGAAGUUGCCGAUUUUCUUGCACCCACAUUAUGGACUGCCGAGCUCGGUAUGGGGGGAGCGAGCAAACGAUUAUGGUCAUGUUCUGCCGCUCGCCCUGGGCUUUCCGCUGGAGACGACCAUUGCAGUUACGAGAAUGAUCUUGGCGGGUGUGUUUGAGACGGUGCCGGAUUUGCAGAUGAUUCUUGCACACUCGGGAGGCACUCUUCCAUUCUUGGCAGGGAGGAUAGAAAGCUGUAUUGAGCAUGAUGCGCAUCUCAAGGCUGCAGGGAAACUAGGAAAUGGAAGGAAGACUGUGUGGGAUGUGUUGAAGAAGAACAUCUAUCUGGAUGCAGUGGUGUACAGUGAAGUUGGAUUGAAAGCUGCGAUUCAAGCCAGUGGAGAGGACAGGGUUAUGUUCGGCACUGAUCAUCCGUUCUUUCCCCCUCUGGAAGAGGAAGGUGAGAAAUGGGCGAGUGUGGAGACGAAUUAUGAGGCGAUCAAAGGCGCUCUUGGUGGAGGUAGCAAGAAGGAGAGAGCGGCGCUGGGGGGGAAUGCUAUGAGAGUCUUAAACCUCAAUUCAAAAUAG